UUCCUGUACCUCCAAACACUUUUGAUCUUUGAAGCACAGGUUCAAACCAAUUGUACACCACCUUGUGGUUGUGUUCUGUGUUUUUUGUCCCAAGUUCCAGGGUUUAAGUUACACUUCAUUUGAUUCAUUACAGAUCUAAGGGUAUCGAUGCUUCCACCUUAAGCCUUGUGUCGUGCUAAUUUCAAGAUUUCAAUUUAUUUUGAUUAUCGUGGGAAGAGGCUCAGUUUUGUUUUUACGUCGUAAGAUCUGAGUUGGGGUUGCGAAAUUUGAAGUUUACUGAUCAUUAGUAUAUCUUUUUAAAUCAACGCUUGAAAUUUAGAGAAAAAAAGGAUAUAGAUAAAGGGGAGGUUUUGGAUGAACAAAAACGGGAUGAUAGAGUGCAGUGUCUGUCAUUCCAAGUUGGUGAAACCAUCCACGAAGACUGUCUCGAGGGCUUAUGAUGAACAUCGGAGCAAGAUCUCAAAGAAACAUCGGGCACUUAAUGUUAUAUUGGUUGUUGGUGAUUGUAUGUUAGUUGGUUUACAGCCAAUAUUGGUAUAUGUGUCCAAGGUGGAUGGGAAGUUCAAAUUUAGCCCCAUCAGUGUCAAUUUCUUGACCGAAGUUGCAAAGGUUUUCUUUGCACUGGUUAUGCUUAUAAUUCAGGCUAGAAACCAGAAGAUAGGGGACAAGCCAAUUCUUUCUUUCUCUAGUUUCGUACAGGCAGCCCGCAACAAUGUGCUUCUUGCUGUUCCAGCACUUCUCUAUGCUAUCAAUAACUACCUAAAGUUCAUCAUGCAGCUCUAUUUUAAUCCAGCAACGGUAAAAAUGCUGAGCAAUCUGAAGGUCUUGGUAAUUGCGGUUUUGUUAAAGAUUAUAAUGAAGCGUCGGUUUUCCAUUAUUCAGUGGGAGGCUCUUGCCCUGCUGCUUAUUGGAAUCAGCAUAAAUCAAAUGCGUUCCUUACCCGAGGGCACUACUGCUAUGGGUCUUCCAGUUGCAAUGGGUGCAUAUGUCUACACACUUAUCUUUGUGACUGUUCCGUCUUUGGCAUCGGUCUUCAACGAAUAUGCACUGAAGAGUCACUACGACACGAGCAUCUACCUUCAGAACUUGUUUUUGUACGGAUAUGGUGCUAUAUUCAAUUUUCUUGGGAUCCUUGGAACCGCCAUUAUCAAAGGCCCUGAAAGCUUUGAUAUAUUGCAAGGACAUUCAAAAGCUACCAUGCUUUUGAUUAUUAACAAUGCUGGGCAGGGAAUUUUAUCCUCGUUUUUCUUCAAAUAUGCGGAUGCAAUUUUGAAAAAGUAUUCGUCAACUGUUGCCACAAUCUUCACAGGCUUUGCAUCUGCUGCUUUGUUUGGUCAUACUCUGACCAUAAAUUUUCUGCUAGGAAUUUCGAUCGUUUUCAUUUCAAUGCACCAGUUCUUUUCGCCUCUUUCGAAAGUCAAGGAAGAAGAAAACGGAGUGAUAGAGUUGGAACCUGUUCAAAGCAAUGAUAGGUCAAGAGACUCAACUUUCAUAAACAUGGCCGCAAGUGCUAAUGAGGAGGUUAGUCAUCGCGUUGGUUCUGAUGAAAGACGACCACUUCUUCCUACCUAAUCCGACACUGG